AUGACGCCAACAAUCUCGCGCUAUCUCGCGAACAAUUACCUGCUUUUUAUAAUAUCUCAUGAAAACAACAUGUCACCUACGAAUACCGACGACAUAGAUAUGGGAAAACUGCUACAAAUAUGCGGAGAUUUGGAGAAGUACCAGAGCUACUGUCAUUCGCUUUGUGAAUACGCGAGCAACCCAGGCACUACCAUCAACAGGAGUUCUGUCCCCUUCUACAUCCUCCAGAAAUUCGCGUACGACCAGAAGAAAUUAGCAAACAUUAAAAACCCAGAAAUGACCAAAUUUGUUGCCGCCAUAGCCGACACAGCCUGUCUUCUGGGAACUUUCCCGUUCUACUCCGGCGGAUUAUGGGAAGUGUCCCUAACUAAACCAACAACAAUAUUGAAUGACAAGUUGAUGUCCAGCUUGGCGCUCAGAAGCAAAAAGGUUCAAACUAGAGUUAAACCAACAGAUAAACAACAUCAGCAAAUACGAGCUACUAUUGAAAGUCACGUGGCUAGUUCUGUGAUGAGUUUGCUUAAGGCAAAUGAAGGAUUCUACAGGGCCUGCAACAAACGACAAGGAUUGUGCACAAAACUUGCCUGGGCUAAGCUUAACACCCUAGAUAUCUCUGCCAUAGCUGAGGACGUGAUUUCACGGGCUUCUCAAACAAAUCUUAAAAAUCUAGGAAACGUCUACCUGAAGAAAACAACAAAUAGUUCUACACCAAGAAAGAAGAGGAAGGCUUGUUUUUCACGAGAUGGUUUGUGCUUCUCAAAGAACCGCAGUGGUUUCCGGUUAAAGAUUUCAGGGAGAAAAGACGCCUCCAGCCCGUUGCCUGGCUUUUUUGAUUUGCAAUCAGAUCUGCACGUGAAAUGUAAGAUGGGGUUACUUAAUGGCACUGUUGGGUUCGGCUGGACCCGGAAGUCAUCCUUUGACAGUGAGAAGACAUGGGGCAUGUUUGUUCAUCCUCCUACAUACGGGUACUGA